GAUUAGAUUCCAUUCAAGAAAAUAAUAAUGAGAUACUUCAAAAUAAUAACGCUUUGCCAGCCUAAGUUGUAAAGCUGUAAUUCAAUUUUGCUUUGUCGACCGUUGGCGGCGAGUGGCGAGCCACCACCUAUAAAAUAAUAAGGCUUCUUACAUUCAAAGAAUCGAAGGAAUCCUUCCUUAUUGCUUCAAAAUUCAAAUAAUAACAAUGGGAAUUCCGUCUGAACUGCGAGACAUGUGGGUGUCCCGCAGAGAAUCCUUCCUUAUUGCUUCUCCCGCCGAAGAAAGGAAGAUUGUUAGGACUAAGAAAUGCACCCAUGAGGGUGUAAUUGCUGGAUUCAAAGCAGCUUCCGUUGCAUGUGUUGCCAGUGCCGUGCCUACACUGGCUGCAGUUCGCAUGGUUCCAUGGGCAAAGGCAAACCUCAAUUAUGUUGCGCAGGCACUUAUCAUAUCUGCUGGGGAAGCAGAUGAACCAUCUUUUAGGGUUGGCAACUGUCGAAGAUUCCAACAACACAGCAUACUCACCACAGUGACAUCUUCCAUCCAGAAUUUUCUCCUUGUUCAUCUUUGAAGUUGAAGCUCCUGAAAAGCUGCAACUUUUGCUUGUGGUUAUUUUUCUCCUUGACAUUGCUAAAAUUCUUCCAACUAUAUUAGCGUGAGUAGCUGGGAAUGAUGGAUGGCUGUGUCGGGAACGGUUUCACUUUGUGAACAUUGGGCUCCAACAAAGAGCGAAGAAUUAGGGUUCAUAUUGUUCCCAAUUAGUACUAAAUACACGUCAGCUAGCAAUACAUGCCAAUGUGAAAGAAAACUGCCCACGUAAAGUACUUUGGUUAGUUUUGUAACGGGAUUAAACUUAUGUGGGUAUGUCAUGGGUUAUGAUCUUCUAUGGUUAUCCUUGUCAGCGAAUCAAUCUUUCAUGCGUACUUUUGAUGGUUUAGUCACUUUUUUUUAUUUAGUUUGAUUCUGUGAUUGAAUAAAUUUGAAGUUUGACAUU